AUGGCCGGAAUAAAAUCCAUUCACGCGUCUUAUGGCUCGUCGUUUGCAAUCACAUGCGAUGGUCUGGUCUUCAGUUGGGGCGACAAUAGAGGCCAUGAAUUGGGACAUAAUAUAGACGAUGAAAGAGUAUUCAAACCCCGACUUAUUGUAACAUUAAACGGUGUAAAAGAGCUCUGUUAUAAUUUAUACGAAAAGACUAAAUAUUAUACCUUUAAAGAAGCAGAAAUGUUGGCAAAAUUGGAUUCAAAUUGUAUCGUAAAAUAUUACGACUCGUGGAUUGAAGGCUCCCAGCAGUAUAUUCAGAUGGAGUACUGCACACAAAGUCUUCGCACUUUAAUUGAAGACAAAUUACGAGUAUUUGGGAGACAAUCAGUAGAUAAUUAUUGGUCGAACAAAAGCAAUACUAAACCUAUGGAUAUCAUUGAAUAUUUCAUAUCAUGUGAAAUAUUUCGGGAACUUUUGCAAUGCGUUCAAUAUCUCCAUGAAUUAGAUCCACCGAUCAUUCAUCGGGAUAUAAAACCCGACAACUUUUUGAUUUCUAACAAUUAUAACAAUAGGUUUAUAAAACUAUGCGAUUUUCAUAUGGCUACUGAACACAAUUCGGAGUACCAGACCCAUACACUUGGGGUUGGAACACAAAGAUAUAUGGCACCCGAAAUAGGUUGUGGUCAAUAUAACAUCAAAGUAGACAUUUAUAGCUUGGGUAUCCUUGGGAUGGAAUUGUUUCAAAUAGAUAAUAUAAAUUCAAAGGAAAUAUAUAUUGAAACUACAUUUUUCGGUUAUGUUGACAAUUUAUAUAACAUCAUUUCAUCGAUGAUUCAUCUUAUAUGUGACAAUAGACCGACAAGUGCUCAAAUAUUGCAACUUAAUAACCAGUGGUCUAUCAAUAAAUCUAUAAUCAUUAGCGAUAAGACAUUCACUGAAUUACUAAAUAAACUUCAAUUGUGUGACAAUUCAUUUUUCUAUGACUUUGUAUUAUCUAAAUUAAGAGAUGAUAAUCAGUCCACCGAUUCUAUUAACAAAAGUCACAAUUCAAUAGUCAAGAAGCAAAUGUUGUCAAAACUGGACUUUGAUUUCAAAAAUAAACAAAGAUUUACUGAAAAUUUAAGUUAUAAGUCAAGUGAUGGUUACUAUAAAACUCAAUUUAUCGAGAUGUCAACCAUUCGUUUGGGUAGUUUUGGGACAGUAUUUAAAGUAAAGUAUAAAUUGGAUGAUAAAAUAUAUGCCGUUAAAAGAGUACAAUUAGAAGAUUUAACCGAAAAUACUAAAUAUAGAAAAGAGGUGAAUAUGUUGGUUAAAUUUGGUUCAAAUUUUAUAGUAAAAUAUUAUAACUCGUGGACCCAAGGUUCGCAAUUUUAUAUUCAGAUCGAGUACUGCACACAAAGUUUAUGGACCGUAAUGACAACCAAACCGCGAAUAUUUGGAAGACAAUCAGUAAAUAAAUAUUGGAAUAACAAAAGCGAUACUAAUCCUAUGGAUAUCAUUGAAUAUUUCAUAUCGUGUGAAAUAUUUCGGGAACUCAUAGAAUGUGUAGAAUAUCUCCAUGGAUUGCAGCCACCGAUCAUUCAUCGGAAUAUAACACCCGACACCUUUUUGAUUUCACAUAAUUAUAACAAUAGGUUUAUAAAACUAUGUGACUUUCAUUUGGCCACUGAACACAAUAUGGAGUGCCAGAACAAUACACCCUGGGUCGGAACGCCAAAAUAUAUUGCACCGGAAGUAUUUUAUGGAUUAUAUAACACUAAACUAGACAUUUAUAGCUUAGAUGAUAAUCAAUCGACCGAUUCUACUAACAAAGGUCAUAAUUCGAUAACCGAGAAUCAAAUGUUGACAAAACUGACCAUUGAUUUCAAAAAUGAAGAAACCGUAACUAAAAAUUUAAACGAUGAGUCAAUUGAUGGUUACUAUGAAGCUCAAUUUAUUGACAUCUCAAUCAUUGGUUUGGGUGGUUUUGGGACUGUAUUUAAAGUAAAGCAUAGAUUGGAUGAUAAGAUAUAUGCCGUGAAAAGAGUACAAUUUGGAGGUUAUUCUGAAGAAAAGAAAUACAAAAUUGUGAACGAAGUUAAAAGUCUGACAACACUUAACUCAAAAUUUGUGGUCAAAUAUUACAAUUCAUGGUUUGAGUUCAAUCAACUGUACAUUCAAAUGGAAUUCUGUUCACAAAAUCUUAAAACUCUUCUCAAAGACAAACCCAUUGUCUUCGGGAGACAACCGGAAGACCCGAUUAAUAGUUUCUUUGAAUAUUUCAUUUCAUGUGAAAUAUUCAAAGAAAUGUUAGAAUGCGUUCAAUACCUACACGAAUCUAAACCACCGAUUAUUCAUCGGAAUCUGAAACUAGUCAAUAUAUUGAUUGAACGCAACGUUAGAUGCAAUCGGUUUGUAAAAUUAAGUGACUUUGGUUUAGACACCUAUUACGACAUGGAUGAUAUUAAGCAAUUGACAGGUGUAGGCCGUAAUAUAUAUAUGGCACCCGAACUAUUCUCAGGUGGACAAUAUAACCACAAAGCAGAUAUUUAUGCCUUAUCCCAAGUGGGCCAACAGUUGUUUAGUUUUAAGUCGUAA